AAUUUUUGAAUGUGAAAAUGUAUUAAAAAGCAUGGGAGCAAAGCUUAAAAUAGGUCGAAAGAAAAAGUGUAUCGGCAUGACACUUGACAUUGUCAAAAAUAACAUUAACAAAACAAACGUCAGAGCAGUGGAAAACGUGCGUGUCUGACUGAUAUAUUUGAGUAAAAUUAUUAAUACAUUAUUUUAUAAUGGCUGGUAGAGGUAGAGGACGAGGUGGAAGUAACCUUUCAUUUACACAUGAUCAGUUGCAAGCCCUCGGCAUAGCGAGAGGAGACAAUACAUCUCAAGUUUUGAUACCACCUCCUCUGUUUCCGAAACUUGAAGCCAAACCACUACCGUUAACUAGCGACGCUGCUACUGAUUAUAUGUUAAUUGUGAAAGAUCUAUUUAUUGAAUAUUUACAUGAGUCGCCGGCCUAUGUAAAGCGAAAGACCAAAACAGAUGGCAUCGAGAGGUAUUCUGAUAAAUACAAAAUGUUAGCUCUCGAUGCAAAGAAUAACAAAGUGCUAGACUGUGUGUGGGCCAACAUGCCUGUUGAGCUGAGACCCCAAGCCAAAAGAACUCAGGUGUCUAAUCGAAAACGAAAGUUCGCUGAUCAAGAUGCUAUUGAUAAGAGAUUGCUAACAUUAGAGAAAAAAGAAAAUCAAGAUGACACUGAUGAAACUGUAGAUACUGCUGAAAAUGAGAAAGCUGCGAAGACCCAGGAAGUUAAUGACGACGAGGAGAUAGAAGAUGAACAGGAGGAGGAAAUGGAGAUGGAUGAUGGCACAGAUUAUGCUAACAACUACUUUGAUAAUGGAGAAGAGUAUGAUGAAGAAGAUGACAACCUUGAUGACGGCCCAGUUUACUGAAUACAUGGUAAUAAACAAUGCAUCAGAGUCUGUGAUAGUAUUAUAUUUCAAUAAAGCUUAGUUGAGAUUUUUA